ACAGAAUGGAGGGCGAGGAGGGAGGGCCGCCCGCCGAGCCUCUGAGAAGAAAGGCGGCUACAGAGGCCACUAUUAACAUGAGCAAGAGAAAUGCCACCCGAAUGAAGAGAGUUUCAUCAAUUCUGCGCAAAAAGAAAGACUCACUCACCCUGGAUGACAGACAGGUGCUGGACGAAAAUGCCGAGCUGGUGGAGGAAUACCAUAAGAGGCAGCAGAAGAGAGCAAUGUGGCAGUCGCGGAAGACAGAACAAGAGGACACGGCUGAGGUUCUGCAGGUCAAGUGUGAGGAGCUGGCCCAGGCGAUUCAUGACUCUGAGUUCCUGGUGGCCUACACAGGGGCUGGCAUCUCCACGGCAGCCUCCAUCCCUGACUACCGAGGCCCCAAUGGUAUCUGGACUCGCCUGCAGAAGGGACAGGACAUUGGGCAUCACGACCUGUCAGCUGCUGAGCCCACCCUGACGCACAUGGCCCUCUCGACUCUCUACCACCAAGGAAUCGUGCAUCAUGUUGUGUCUCAGAACUGUGACGGCCUGCACCUGCGCUCUGGCCUGCCUAAGUCUGCUCUGUCGGAGGUGCACGGGAACAUGUACAUUGAGGUGUGCAUCCACUGUGUGCCGGCCAGGGAGUACGUGAGGACCAUGGACGUGACAGAGAAGACCUCCACCUUCAAGCACACCACUGGCCGCCGAUGCUACAGGUGUGGUGAGCCGUUAAUCGACACCAUCGUGCACUUUGGGGAGCGAGGGCGGCUGCGGUGGCCCCUCAACUGGCAGGGUGCUUGUCAGGCCGCCAAUGCUUGUGACACCAUCCUCUGCCUCGGCUCCAGUCUCAAGGUGCUGAAGAAGUACCCGUGGCUGUGGCAGAUGGGACGCUCACCCAAGAAGAGACCAAGACUGUACAUUGUCAACCUGCAGUGGACACCCAAGGACAAGGAUGCCACUCUCAAGAUUAAUGGCAAGUGUGACGAAGUGAUGGCGAGGGUGAUGAAGGCUCUGGGAUUCAAGUUACCACGUUACUCCAAGGCUAGUGACCCAAUCUUCACCUUGGGCACUCCCCUGCACCCUGCCGAGGCCAACACUGCCUCCCGCGCCUGCCUUGUACCACCGCAGGAGGGAGACGAGGAGGAGGAAGAGGAGGAGGAGGAGGAAGAGGAGCAGGAGGAGGAGGAGGAAGCGGAUGUGGAGAACAUGGAUGAGAAUGGUGAUGGACUUAAGGAGGAAGAAAGACUGGUGGAAGCGUCUGAGGAGAGUAGGAAGAGGAAACUGGAUGAGGUAGAAAGCACAAAGGUUGAAGUGAAGGAGGAGAAGUGUGAGGUGAAGGAGGAGAGUAAGGAGGACGUGAAGCCAAUCAAUGGACUUCACCUGCCCUGGGGAGUGGAAAAACAGCUUGUCGGUCGUGGGGAAGAUGGCACGAGUGAACCCAAAUACUUGAAAACUGAAGGCAGCGACUGUGAAAGCAAACCAGUGAUGGAGGCCAAGCAGGAGGUGAAGGAGGAGGUGGAGCUUGUGCCUGAGAUCAAGGAGGAGGUGGAGAUGGAGGAUGUGAAGGAGACGGAGACUUUGAGUGAGGCGGGGAGUCGGGAGUUUGACAUGGAGGCUGAUGAGUUAGCGGAGAGCAGUCUGAAGGAGGAGGAGGAGCAGGAGGAGGCAGGACAGCAGGGCACCACGGACGAUGAAGUGAAGAGUGAGGUUAUGGAGAGUGAUGGUGAUGAUGGCGAUGACGGUGAUGAUGGUGAUGAGGACUUCCACACAUCAGACAUGGAGGGAGAGCCUUGGGAACACACACCAGACACCGACAUGGACAUCAAUGACAUCACUUCCCCAAAAAGCAGUGUCAGUUGCUGCUCGGAUUCUGAAUCGAGCGAGAAAGGUGAGGACUGCGCCACCGAGGACUCCGACACACCAGACCACCCCAAGGACAACCAGGUGGAUUAUUUCAAGCUUGCCUAUGCCUCCACCAAUGUCCAGAUGGCUCGGCAGGGCCAGGCACUCCUGAAACAGAACGACUUUUACGGCACCGGCCUCUGCAUCAGGUCCUUUGUGAACUACCCCAAGGCCGGAGUGAAGGUGGCGGGCAGCGGGUGCAGCCGAGAGGUGGCCAAGGGCCCCAGGAAAAGAGAAUGUGAGGCGAGGAGUGAAGUGUCUGUGCCCAGUGUUGAGGAUCAUGAUGGCUCUAGUCUUCCCAGUGAACUCCCCAGCCACUGCCAGUCCUCAGAGGCACUCAGCUCCAGUGACAGCAGUGACGGCCCCUGCCAGUGUGUGGGUCAGGCAAUGUCCUCUUCUUCCAGUGGUGGUGGUGGUGGUGGUGGUGGUGUUGGUAGUGAUGGUGAGUCUCCCUCUAGUUGUAGCAAGUGUCAGAGUGGCACCAAGUGUGGUGGGUCAGUGUCCCCCGGCGUGGUGUCUGUGGUGGGUGGUGUGGUGGAGGUGGGUGCAAUGGACAAGGAGAGGGUGAGGGACUUACAGGUUGGAGACACGAGUGAGUCUGAAAACGCAGUGAGUCAAGACUUGAGUGGUGAGAAGGUGGUGGUGAGGGCGAACAGUGUGCUGUGUGGCAGGGGACUUGAUCUCACCCCUGGCAUGGCCGCCGAUGGGAGUUUCCUGCUGCGGACGCGCAUUGUGGACGGCAUCAUCACCACCACGUGUGUGGAGGCCACGGACAAACAGGACGGGCCGGCUGGCAUCCCAUACUUCACAGGCCCGGCGGCCCGCAAGGCUCCCACUGCCUGCUCCUCCCAGGGCGAUGUGGCCCGGGUAUCUGUGCCGUGCCUCAGCCUCCGCCAGAAGGCCCUGGUGCCGGCCAACAAGUCAGCCAUCUACAUUGACAACUCUGUGUCCAAGGCGCACGUCAAGGCCCUCACGGAGCACCUGCAGUGCCAGCGCUCCAGGGCAAAGUUUUCCUCUGAGCUGAGCACGGCUGACAGUGCUGAGCUCAAGUCCAUUUGGUACCAGAGCUUCUGUGGCCCCAGCAAGGACAGCCUCAGUGCACUCACUGUCAUGAUGGAGAUGAAUGACUGCAGCCUGGGCAGGCAGGGCUUCCGCUCCAAGACGUCUGAGCUGUUCUCCGGCUCACAGAAGUCCAGCUCAGUCAUCCUCAAGAACAUCUGUGCCGAGGCAGUGAGUGACAGCGCGGCACAGCACCGCAGCUCCCCCAAGGCUCUCAAGGGCUCCGAUGACGACAAUGUCAAGUGCAUCUGGUUCUGGGGGUUUGACAGCAGUGCGGAGGGGAAGGAGAAGGGCGUGGCGGCGGCGGCAGCAGCAGUGGCCGGCCCAGCAGAGAGUGGCGUCCUGGAGGCUGACCUGCCGGCGGAGAACGGCGAGGACUGCCACCCCAUACGGAGGAUAACACGCAGCAGAACCAGAGCCUCGAGUGACGCCUCCAGCCAGCAGCAGCCACAGGAGGAGGAGGCAUUCAGGUGCCACUGCAGUGGCAGCAACCCAGAGCUGUGUCGCAUAGCCAGCCUGCGGCCGUCACAGGGGCGCUGCGACGAGACCAUCCAACGGGCGCGGGACAUCAUCCGACGGAGACGCACGGUGAACUAUCGCCGGUACGAGCCGGUGUUUGAGAAGAAGCUCACUAGUCUAACCUAUGAGAGAACCAGAGCUAAACGCAAGUCAAAGUUUGAGUUGCCAGUGCCAGUGACGACAACACACCACAAGGAGGAGGAGGAGGAGGAGGAGAACCAUCACCAACACCACCACCACAACCACCACCACCACCACCUGUCUGAAGGGGACAAGGAGGAGGAGCACAAGGCGAGUGACGGGGAGGAGUGCAGGGACAAGGACGAGAAGGGAGAGAGGAAGUUUGUCCCCGGGUGGUAUGGCAAGGGACUGAGGAAAGGCAUGAAGAAGAAGUCAAGAGUGUGAGGAUGGGAGUCAGUAGCCAGUGUGUCAAUAUUCUCAUUAACUGUUGUUGCGUUAGGAGUAGAGAGUGUUAGAGGGAUUCAUGUCUCACCUGAACCUUGCAUGAAGAUGUGGUGAGAUGGUAAAUGCCUGAGAGACUAGACAUGCAAGAGAGAAAGAGAGAGAGAGAGAGAGAGAGAGAUUGUUGUGUGUGUGUAUGAGAGAAUGACAGUGUAUAUGAGAGAGAGAGAGAUUAUGUAUCUUGGAGAGAGGAGAGAGAAAAAAUGAAUAUAUGUUUCUGUAAGGGAUAAAUUAUGCACAUGAGAGAGAAAAUCAGAGAGAAAGUUAAUUGUGUGUGUGUGUGUGUGUGAGUGUGUUUGUGUAUUU